AUGCAGAAGGCCACCGUCUGUCCAGCCGAGGAUUACCUCAAGUCUCUAAAUAUCCCUCACAUUCGUUUUGAUUUCGAUGAUGAGUUGAAUUCAAUGAUGGCCCGCCUUCACAACUGGUGCGACCACCAGUGCAUCUUCCUUCUGUAUCUUUUUGGCGUGAUCAUUGCCCAUGGUGGUGAUGUACUUCGAUCAUGAGAAAUUUCUGGAGGGUGCUUUGAUCUGUACACCAUUGCAUUGGCAGCUACCAAGGGGGACACGGUGGAAGCAGGGAAGAUAGCAAAGAAUCCGGAACGCAUCUUUCAACUCCCAGUGUUUGCUCGUAUCGUCGAAAUGGACGAGAGCAGCUUGAAAUUUCGUCCAAUACCAUGUGAUAUUUCAAAAUCUCUGUAUGAAAGAAUUCUUCGUGGUAGUCAAAAAGUUAGAGCACGUGAGGGACAAAAAAAUGCCGCUAAAGCGGAGGAACUUUCAAGACCGGAAAAUGUUUACCGAAUGAAAGUUGCUUGUAAUUUCCUCAUGGAACUCAUUGACAGAGAACGACAUUCUCAGGACAAAGACAGCGUCUCCUGGCAGUCUAUCCAGAAAAGAUACGAACACAUGGUCUCCGAAGUCGACAGGCGUGACGAAGAUCUGAUGAAUAAGUACAAAUGUUUCGGAUUAGAUUUUACUGAACGUACUCUUAACAGCGAAGUCGUUAAAAAGCUAACUUGUCGUAGCUCAAUCACGAAGGCACUGAACCAGGCAGUAUUCUAUGGAAUUCACUACGACAACAGCUCGAACGUGCUUAUGGUUGGAUUGAAUGAAAACGCGAGACUCUACUCAGAGGAAGAGCUGAAGAAAGCUGCUGAAGCUUGCGAAACCUCUUCAUCACCCAACGCUGCUAAGAGUGUGUAUGGUAGACCGUCUACGCCCAAUCAGUCUUCGCUCGUGGUACCGCGAAGUGGCGAGCACCCUCAGAACGUAAGAGAUAACUCGAUGGGAACACACAUGUUCCAACGAGAAUGUCAUGAAGACAGUAUGCCUGAGGUGCUAGAAUCUUCGGCACGUGCUCCUUCUGCACCGAAAGCUGGCCUAUCCAACCGUACUUUUGCACAGCCAAAGUACUCCAAUGGAACUGCACAUCAUCGUUCGGCUUUUGGUGUUUCUAAAGCUGCAUCGACUUCUGAAGAGCGAGAGUCCAACUGGGAGAAAAGCUAUGACGACGGUGUACAACAUAUGGCAAGUUCCUCUCAUCACGCGACAAAAAUGAAUGAACUAUACGAUCGAGAAAGAAAUGCAGGUUUCCAUCGGGAGUUUGUUCACCGCAGUUCCAACGAACAGUACCAGGAGGAACAGCGUUCAAGGAGAUACUACGAUUACGCAGAAGGUCGUUUUGACCCCAAUUUAUCAAAUAAUUCCCGCACUGGUGAUGACUCUCGUGCGUAUCUGUACCAAACAUGUAAUCCAUACGCCAUUGAAAUGGACAAUUCUGACAAAAAAAUACUACAAUACAAGCCAUGCUCUGUUUUUGACAAAUGUCUUGAUGAGGAGACGGUGAUCAAUCAUGAGAAUUUUCGUCGCUCCUUUGGAAGCGGUGCCAAUGUGGAGAAGAACGUGUGCAAUAUUUCGAAUGAAAUGAAGGGUAGCGAGUUUGCCAAUAUGUCCAGUACCAGUGAUAGUAAAUAUAAGCAGAGAACAGGUCUCCAUAAGAGCGAUCGUUGUUAUUCGGAGGAAUUAGUGCAACGUUCGCAAAGGAGCUUUCGAAAUUCGUCGCCUUAUGAAGUGAGGACGAACAGCGGUUCGUCGACUUGUCAAUCCGGUCAAAAUGAUACUUUACGGGAGUCAACGUUGAGCUCUGAAGAAAGUGUUUGCUUACGCAUGAUUCGUGACUUCGCUUAUGUGUAUCGGAACCCAACCACUCAUGGUUUUCGUACUCUGGAAAAUGUUGUGAAUUUGUUGCCAAGAAAAAGUGUGGACUAUUGGAUUCCGCUUAUCCAGUCUCAUCUCCCAGAAGUAGAAAUUGGAGCGUUUCAUAAUGCGAUUCCCGACUAUAGUAGUCAUGAAGGGGCUGGCUAUGGUUGGAAAUAA